AUGCCGGUUGAUAUACUUGCGUACACAUAUGCUGCUACAGUAGCCGCAGGUGGUGUACUUGGUUUUAUUAAAUCAAAUUCUAUUCCAUCUUUGGGUGCUGGACUUUUCUUUGGAACCAUUCUUGGAUAUGGAGCUUACCAAACCUCAGUAGAUCCUACUAAUGUUGGAGUCUUCUUAGGAGCUAGUACUACUCUUGGUGGAGUUAUGGGUUAUCGUUUGUACCAUAGUGGUAAAAUAAUGCCAGCUGGAGUAGUUACUCUGUUUAGUGUUAUAAUGAUUGUCAGAACUAUUGGUAAAUACUUCACUGCAACUUCUAUGAAGACACAAUAA